AUGAGGAAGGUAAUUGUGGGUAAGAAAGAGAGCGGAGGUGAAGAGAGUCCCUCCGGACACCUCGAGCUCGACCCACGUCCUCAAAAACACACGGAAGAGGCCGUCAGGGAACAGGUGCCGCUCGGAAAACACUUUGAGUAUCACAGCGACGUUUCUCGAGGCUUUAGAGUGUCAUGCGAGACCAAAAUCGACUGCGUCCGUGUCGCUACCAAAGCUGCUAUCUUGGUUACGCAGCUCACCACUCCUUACGUUCGCAUCGCUCCGGCCGCUGGAGACAACCAGCUAACAGGCGCGGCGACACACAAACCCAACGCGGUGGAGCCGGAGAAACAGACCGACCACACGGUGAAGAUCGCCGGCGUCAUCGCAGGAAUACUGCUCUUCGUCAUCAUCUUCCUCGGCGUGGUGCUGCUCAUGAAGAAACGAAAGCUGGCGAAGAAGCGCAAGGAGACGCUGAACAGCACGAGACAGGAGAUGACGGUGAUGGUGAACUCAAUGGACAAGAGCUACACGGAGCAGGGAACCAACUGUGAUGAAGCGCUUUCAUUCAUGGACACACACAACCUCAACGGACGCUCCGGAUCUUCUCCGUGUUCUGUGACGGUGAAGACGAACACGCUGAGCAGUAGCAUCCCAAACACGUAUUACCCAGACCCCUUCGUUCCCACUGCGAUCUUAGACGAGACUCAAACCCUGACCAGCGACACCAGCAGCCUGGUGCAGUCGCACACGCACACACACUCGUCACACACACACUCGCUGUGCAAGCGCGAGGCCGUGGACGUGCCGUACCAGACGGGCCAGCUGCAUCCCGCCAUCCGUGUGGCCGACCUGCUGCAGCACAUCACGCAGAUGAAAUGCGCCGAGGGCUACGGCUUCAAAGAGGAGUACGAGAGCUUCUUUGAGGGUCAGUCUGCCGCCUGGGAUUCGGCCAAGAAAGACGAGAACCGCAUGAAGAACCGCUACGGGAACAUCAUUGCAUAUGAUCACUCGCGCGUGCGGCUGCAGAAUCUGGACGGCGAGCAGAACUCUGAUUACAUUAAUGCUAAUUACGUUGAUGUGAGUACAGAAGCAGCCGUGACCUUCUCACAAAGGUCACCCCGCAUGUCUUCAGAUGUCACGCAGACGCUGCAGUUUCUGGAAACACCUCUGCUAGACUGGCACGCGUGUGUGUUUGUGCAGACGGUAACUGUUGGAGAUGAGAGUGUGUGUCUGACAGGCUGCGGACCGAUGCAGGAGACCGUCAUCGACUUCUGGAGGAUGGUGUGGCAGGAGAACACGGCAACCAUUGUCAUGGUGACCAACCUGGUGGAAGUUGGCAGGGUGAAGUGCUGUAAAUACUGGCCGGACGACACCGAGAUCUACAGAGACAUCAAGGUGACGCUGAUCGAGACGCAGCUUCUGUCCGAGUACGUCAUCAGAACGUUUGCGGUGGAGAAGGCUCACAGCGCGGGGGCGGGGCGAACGGGCUGCUUCAUCGUGAUUGACAUCAUGCUGGACAUGGCGGAGCGGGAAGGAGUCGUCGACAUCUAUAACUGUGUGAGAGAGCUGCGAUCGCGCAGAGUCAACAUGGUGCAGACCGAGGAGCAGUAUGUCUUUAUCCAUGAUGCCAUCUUGGAGGCGUGUCUCUGUGGCGACACCACCAUCCCAGCCAAUCAGCUUCGCUCCGUUUACUACGACAUGAACCGAUUGGAUCCUCAGACCAACUCCAGUCCAAUCAAAGAGGAGUUCAGGACGCUGAACAUGGUGACUCCGACGCUGCGUGUGGAGGACUGUAGCAUCGCUCUUCUGCCGCGCAAUCACGAGAAGAACCGCUGCAUGGAUGUUCUUCCUCCGGACCGCUGCCUGCCCUUCCUCAUCACCAUCGACGGAGAGAGCAGCAACUACAUCAACGCCGCGCUCAUGGACAGCUACAAGCAGCCGUCUGCGUUCAUCGUUACCCAGCAUCCUUUGCCAAACACAGUCAAGGACUUCUGGCGGCUGGUUCUGGACUAUCACUGCACGUCUAUCGUGAUGCUGAACGACGUGGAUCCGGCUCAGCUGUGUCCGCAGUACUGGCCGGAGAACGGCGUUCAUCGUCACGGGCCGCUGCAGGUGGAGUUUGUGUCGGCUGAUCUGGAGGAGGACAUCAUCAGCAGGAUCUUCCGCAUCUACAACGCCGCGCGGCCGCAGGACGGGUAUCGGAUGGUGCAGCAGUUCCAGUUUCUGGGCUGGCCGAUGUACCGCGACACUCCCGUCUCCAAACGCUCCUUCCUCAAACUCAUCCAUCAGGUGGACAAAUGGCAGGAGGAGUACGAUGGAGGAGAGGGACGCACCGUUGUACACUGCCUGAACGGCGGCGGUCGCAGCGGGACGUUUUGUGCCAUCAGUAUCGUGAGUGAAAUGCUGCGGCAUCAGCGCUCGGUCGACGUGUUUAACGCCGUCAAAACCCUGCGGAACAACAAGCCCAACAUGGUGGAUCUGCUGGAUCAGUACAAGUUCUGCUAUGAAGUGGCGCUGGAGUAUCUGAACUCAGGCUAACGGACCGACCAUCCGUGUGUGUGUGUGUGUGUGUGUGUGUGAGUGUGUGUACAGUCGGCUUGUAUAUCUUCAAAAUGAACCCUCAUCCGUCUGGAUGCAUCAAGACUGUGAAGAGCAGAUUCGACUCCUGCCUCUGAUCCUGCUGCCGUUGGUUUUCCCUGACGCUUCGUCGUUAGAAAGUGUUUUGCGUUCGUUUCAGUCGGCGAAAUGUCUGGAUGAUGUCUGCCAUCCACUGAAGGAAUUCACAAGAUUAGUGCCGAUUUGCUGGUUUUUACAGAUUUGCUCGACGCAGCAGAUCACUGACAUCCUCAUGAAUACUAUAAUGAGCCUAAUUUGCAUAUUAAUGAGGCGAGUCUGCUGUGAUUGGCUGAAAUGCUCCUGCUGUAUAAAUGAGACGCGAGUGUAUUUUUGGUGUAAAUUGUAUAACAUAUUAAAUAUAAGAUAUGGAUGAAUGACGUCACAGCCGUGAUCAUCAUCAUCGCGAUCCAAAGCUUCUCAUCGCUCGCUCUUUACGCAUCUGUUCCUUUGGUUUUAUUGUGUUUUUAAUAUUGUUUGUUUAUGCUGUAAAUAUUGGAGGUGUGCUGUGAUAUUUAUUCAGGACAAUCAUCUUGUACUGGUUCUUGAGUUCAUAUUGUACAUGAUCAAAUAUACUGAAUGGAUCAACAAGCGUCU